AUGAUUGAAUUCGAAUGGAGUUCUCUCCUUCGUGAGAUGUCAGAACGCUGCCCAUUCUUACGCGACGUUCUCGUGACCACUGCCAAAUGUGCGAACAAAAAUAGAAAUCAUGUUCCACCAAUUUGUUUGUGUUAUGCUAUUCUUCUACAACAACGUAAUCGCGAUCUAAAUUUGGUGCAGAGAAUCAACACCGUACUGCUUUCCGAAGGCAAGGCAAAAAAACAGGUACGCUGGAGUAGUAUACAAAUUAAACAUUGCACACAUUUAGCGAAGCUUUUCAAUCAAAUCAGUUGAACAAGUAAUUUCAUCAGACCAGACAUAAUAAUUAAGUAAGCGUACUUAAUCAUGAUGUCUGAUCUGACAAAAUUACUUAUACUACAUAGAGGACAUAAAGUGCGUGAAAGUACAUCAAAUAAUUAACAUCAUACAUACAUUACAUGUCUUGAUUGGAAAAAGUCUCCUCAAUAUAUUUUUAAAAAAUUAUUAGUUCAACAGUUGCGAGUUAAAAUUUUUUUACCAGACCCUGGGGACAAGGUUAUACGUCGCGUGUCCUUAAUAUUAAGAUGUCCAUAAUUAUAUAGUCAUGCAUACACUUAUCUGUAUGUCUAAUAAACCAUAGAAACUCUUACGUCACUCAAUUUUUCAUUCCAUAUAAACAUGCAUAAUGCAUUUGGCAUACGCAAUGUAAUGUGCGAUACACGUAAUCAAGUAUUCAUUUUUUGACAGUGAUGUAACGUGAUUACUUCUAAGGUCUAUAGAAACGUAAAAAAUUACAUAAUUUACAAGAAUUACGACCACCUCGUUAAUGCAGCCACCCUGAUAAUACGACCAAAAUAUUUUUACUGUACUUUUGCUAAAAUGAACAUUUUUGUAAUUGGUUACCAUAAACAAACGGAAUUAGAGUUCAUGACUCGCUUUUUAGUAGGAAAAUCUAAUCCUUAUGGCAUUUCAUUAUUAUAAUCAAUCACAUAAACUAUUCCUAUAGUGUCGUGCUAACCAUUAAAUUGAAAUAGAUCUCAGCUAUUGUACAAUUUACAAUGUAUGCAUCCGUAGCAUGCAGAUAACACUAAAACUUGAAUGUAUUUAAGUGGCAAUGAUGCUUGUUUAAAAACUCACGUUGCCUUCAGUCUUUUACUCAGCUUAUAGAAAGAUGCCAGAAAGUAGGGUUUUCUUUAUCGCAUCAAAGUAAAGUCAAUUUGCUCGACCACAUUGCCACCCACAAUAAUGAUCAUGUUGUAAACGAGGUGAAACAAGGAAAAAAGCUCCAAGGAACCGGAGAUAACUGGGACUACAAAAUCCGAGUGCAUAAUAUGCGUAAGACAGAACAAAAUAGAGAUCUACACUACUUCGCUUCAAACAUCAUUGUCGAAAGGGUACCUUGCGAAGGUUCAUCCAAAUUUGCACCACAACGCGAUAUUCUCACUGUACCAAAUUCCAUGUUCCUCUUGGACAACACGGAAACACGAAAGCUCCGGGAAGAUUUUAAAGUAAUAGUUGGACGGAUUCUGGUAGAUCGCAUCACUUCUCUUUCCUUCAUGAAGUUAAUUAUCCCCGCGCACAUAGAAAGUAAAUAUCCAAAUGAAAUGGCGCAGAAGUCUACAAUCAUACCUUUAUCCAUGCAGUUCAAGGAAGAAAAGAAGUACGAUGACGUAGUUGAUAUCCUCUCUACUUAUGAAAAUACCUUGGAAGAUAUAUAUUCGAAAGCUGAAUUGAUCGAAAUUCCAAAAGGUACAAAACCAGCAGCCGCUUCGAAUGUCAGCUUGUCUGGUGUGGCAUCACGCCCUGAUCAACCUGGUGUUCAUGCUAAAAAAACAUGA